ACUAAGUGACAACUGACAGAUUAGAUUUGAGGUUAUAUGAGUGAUAAGAAACGAAGUAAAAUCUAUUAUUUUAUUAAGUAAAUUUCCUCGCCUGUCAGGAUUUGUGUAUUUUAAAUACUAAAUUACAAAAUGGAUCUUUUUGUAAUAAACAGAUAUAGAGAUAAAGAUGAAGAAAUAGAUUUAGCUGAGCAAGAAGCUAAACAUUUAGAGAGGUUGAAGAAACGUAUUGCUGAAAGGAAAACAGCAUACUCAGUCAAGAAAACAUUGAAUGAGAUAACUCUUAAACCGCAGAAACCAGCUGAAGAACCCAAAUCAGAACCUAUUCUAAAUCAGGAGGAAUCAGUUGAAAGAAAGCAAGAGCCUUUAGUAGACAAAACCGAUAAUAAUAUUCAGAAACAAACCAGUAAAAAGGCUAAACCUUCUCAUGAAUUCAAAGUGCUAGGAGUUAAUGACUUUGAGAAAAAAACAAAGGUAUCUAGAGUUUUACCUUACUGGCUUUCACAUCCAAUUAAUGUGCCAAAAAGUUUAAAGACUGCAUCAUGUCCAGUAGAAAAACAAGACUGGUUGCACAGCACUCUAAAAGCAACAUUAAUGAGUGAAGGAGUCACAAAUCUAUUUCCAGUACAAGAAAAAGUAGUGCCUUUUAUUUUGAAUGAACAUAAAUCAACAUACCCAUUCUGGCCUCAUGAUAUUUGUGUAUCAGCACCUACCGGUAGUGGGAAAACUUUGUCAUUUGUUCUGCCGAUAGUACAGAUACUUAUGAAUGAUAUUGGUUGCCAUAUCAGAGCUCUAGUUGUUUUACCAGUCCAAGAGCUGGCAGCACAAGUGGCCAAAGUAUUUAAAAAGUACUGUAUGAAGACAAGAUUAAAAGUUGCCUUAUUAGGUGGCUCAAUACCAAUGCAACAAGAACAGCAAAACAUUGUUAGAUACACUGAAACACUAGGAUGGGUUAGUGAAGCAGACAUAGUUGUAUGCACAGCUGGACGGCUAGUGGAACACUUACAAACCACAGAAGGAUUUACUUUAAGUCACUUAAAGUUCUUAGUUAUUGAUGAAGCAGAUAGGAUCAUGGAUCACAUACAGAAUGAUUGGCUGUAUCAUGUAGAUAAGCAUAUAAAGCUGGAGAAUGAGUUGAUGACUGGAAGACACUCCAAUGUAACAUGGAAUAGUCUUGUAGAACAGAAACCUCCGCCACAUAAACUUCUUUUCUCAGCCACAUUGUCACAAGACCCUGAAAAGUUAGAGCAGUGGGGAUUAUUCCAACCAAAGUUGUUCUCUGCAUCAAAGUCUAAUAACUAUGAAGAUGAAGAACAAAUAAGGUUGUAUGCCACACCAGAAGAGCUAACUGAGGAGUAUGUUACUUGUGAAGCUGAACACAAACCACUCAUCCUGUACAAUUUCUUAGUCAAUCAGAAAUGGGACAAAGUGUUGUGCUUCACGAAUGCAUCAGAGGCUGCACAUAGGUUAGCUGUACUUCUUAACACUUGGGGUAGAGGGCAAUUUAAAGUGGCUGAACUAUCAUCAGCUUUAGACAAAGCAACAAGAGAAAGUGUGCUGAAAAAAUUCACACAAUCUGAGAUUAAUGUGUUAAUUGGAACAGAUGCUCUAGCGAGAGGAAUUGACAUCCCAGACUGUAACUAUGUUGUGUCAUAUGACCCUCCAAGGAAUAUAAAAACCUAUAUCCAUAGAGUGGGUCGUACUGGGCGUGCGGGACGAUUAGGCCAUGCUGUUACCAUUUUGUUACAAAAUCAGGUUAAUCAAUUCAAGGAAAUCAUUCAGUCUGGUGGAAAAGCUGAAAUACCACAGUGUGAAGUAGAAGCUAAUGUUUUAGAAAACUUGUCAGAGAGCUACCAACAAGCAAUGAGAGAAACUAAGAAUCAAAUUCACGCCGAGAUUGACUCAAAAGUACAAAAAUCUCUAGGAAUUAAAAGGAGAUUAAAGUCAAAACCACAGAAGAGGAAAUUUGAGAAAUAAUUAAAAUUAAAUGCAUAUUUUAUAACGGA